AAUGCGAGAUCAGAGCGAUAAAAAUCCCGUUAUUGAAGCCCAUCAAGCGUUCGGUUUAAGCUGCUUCGGUGUAGCUAUUGACCAAUCCAUGGACGAUCCGGAAAAAGCUUCGGCGUUUAGCACCCGUCUACCAAUUACUGACCGUUUGUCGCGCCGUCUGUCACUUAAAUUCCCUGCAACUGGUCAUGUGAUCAUUCCUUUUCCUUCCCUGCUUCCCUUCCAUAAACGUAGGGUAUAUACAAUUAUGAGAGAAAUCCGUCAAGUGAGAUGA